AUGGUGCGGCGCGUCUCGCGCGAGGGCUCGCGCCACCUCUCCUCGGCCUGGUCAACGACCAACGACUCAGCCUCGACGGGUGGUGCAGCGUCCGAGGGCAAGAUCAGCCUCCGUGACUUCCUCCACCGGUUCGAUGCCGGCUCGACAAAGCAGAAGGUCAAGGGCCUUCCGAAUGUGCUCUUUGAUCCGCCUUCCCCGGGCCAGAUGGCCCAGCUGGAGGCCAUCACGAUAUUCGGGCUCGACAUUCCGCCUGUCGACGUCGGCGAUGCGGAGGACGACUAUGUGCCCGACUACGGCUUCUCCGACGGGAGCGGCGACGAGGGCGCUCCGAGCAGCGUCGCGAAGCCGUACUCGCCUGAGGUUCUGGUGCAAGUGCAGAUCCCUCGUGCUGGCGACUCGAACAACGCGCCCAUUAACGAUGUCGAGGAGGACGACGAGGCGGCGGCGGCAGCCUACUACGCUUCCGAAGACCGCUUUGAAGAAGACGACGACAAUGUGCAGGACGACGACGCUGUGGAAGAACCCGACCAACAUCACCCCACGCGCCACCUCAACCUCGCCACACCCAGCCCUGCCAUCCCACAGCCAGUCGCCAAGCACCGCACACCGUUAAUCCUCAGCAGCGAUGACGACGAGAUCGUCAUCCGUAAGGACACGGCACAGCGGCGUCAGCAAGUGCGCAGGAGACCACGGGGCGAGUCGUCGUUCCAGACGCCGCAGCGGGAGGUGGUGGAAGCCGACGAGCCCGAAGUGGUUGCGGAGAGUGCUGGCGAAAAGGACGACGCUGGCGACGGCUCGGACGGUGACCUCUCCGACUAUGAGCGGGAGAGUCGGCAGCGCGGCGAUACCGAGCUGGACCGCCCAUCCGAGGCCCCCGAGGCCGACGACGCAAUCGUUGUUGAGGACCAGGGCGCCGACGACAUUGCCACGGACGACGCGGACGUGGGCAAUGAUGAGAUCGACGCCGACGAGCCGCAUCAGGCGUGUACCGACGAGAUCGACGCCGACGAGCCGGCCAGCGGCGCGGCCACACGCCAGCUGACGUCCACCCAGUCGCGCGGGCACGCCGAGGAAAUCGACUCGUCGCUGUCUCAUCAUUCCAACUCCCAGUCCAGCGCCCACUACAAUCACACGACACACCCUCUAUCUUCCCCACGACCCGCUGCAUCGCCACCCCAACCUGGCGACCGCACUCCAGUCCGGCCGCCAAAGCGUCGCCGCGAAGCUGAAGCUUCGACAGUCUCCAAUGACUCGGCCGCGUCCACCUCCACGUCGCGGAGCGCCAAACGGCUCCGGCGAUCGCCGGCACCGUCCACUGCCCCGCCAGCCGAGCAGCGUACCCCUGCGACACCGCCCACUAGCAUGUUCAGCUUCGGCGGCCGUAUGAACCCGCUCACUUGGUUUUCCCGCAAAAGCAAGACCAGCCAAGAGUCAGCUGCGUCCAAGGGAGAUGAGGACGAUAUCCAGGCAGAGCCGGCUGAAGCGGCCGAGGGCGAGGAGGCUGCGGGGUUCAUCAAGGCGACUCCGAGCUCUCCAUCUCCGCCUCUCAAGGAGGACCUCGAUGUCCACGACGGCCAGGGCAUCCCCGCCGCACCCCGGCGCCAGAAGUUCAACGGCGAGCUCAGUCGUGACCUGGCGCCCCUCUUCCGCGUCAAGGGCCUCACUGCAGCCCAGACGAAGAAGCUGCUGGAGAAAGGCCUCGACGCGCGAGCCAAGCAGCGCAAGUCGUUGGCAGGGCGCAAGUCGGACACCCAGCGGCGUGCUUGA